AUGGCAUCCCGAAAGUCUCAGUUCCCCCAAGUGCAGCCAGGAGGUAGCCUCAUCCUUGCCUGGCAAGCCAAAGGCAAGCACAUUCUGGUUGUUGGCGGUGGAGAGGUAGCCGCUGGACGUAUCCUACACUGCCUCAACGCCGACGCCAUCGUAACGGUUGUAUGUCCCAGCGCUGGACUCAACGCGGAAGUGGCAUUCCGCGUAGCGGAGGGCCAGGUUAAGCACGUAGGACGGAACUUUGAGCCCUCGGACCUGGACAGCGUGGACAUGGUGCUCGUGGCAAUCGAUGAUCCGGCAGCGUCCACGGCCAUCUGGAAGUUAUGCAAGGAGCGUCGCAUCCCAGCAAACAUUGCCGACGUUCCUCCAGAGUGUGACUUCUUCUUCGGGAGUGUUCAUCGUGACGGCCCUCUACAGAUCAUGGUUAGCACCAAUGGUAGGGGCCCAAGGCUAGCGGCUUUGAUACGGAGAUUGAUCGCCAAAUCUCUCCCCGACAAUGCUGGAAAUGCUAUCGAGGCCAUCGGUGUGCUUCGGACAAAGCUUCGAUCCAUUGCACCUGCGCCUGCAGAAAGUCAGAAGAGAAUGGCUUGGAUGACGAAAGUCAGUGACACCUACUCGUGGGAAGAAAUGUGCCAACUUACAGAGGACGACAUGGAUGUCCUCUUGCGGUAUUACCCCGAGAACAAGGUGCCCACCUUUGACGAAAUCAGAGCCGCCCAAGGGUUCCCUGAACAACAAAGACUCGACCUCUUCGACGGCUCGUUCGGCUUCAGUGUCGGGGCAUGA